AACUCAUGUCAUUCUUACGACAGAUUUCGAGGUGGAAAAAUCUUCAAAUUUAAGACCAAUCUUUCGUAAAGUACAAGUGUGUAUUAUCAAUUCCUUAAGUUAAAAAAUGGCAGUGUACAGUAGUGUUUUAACAGAGAUCCUAAAGUCAAUGGAAUCCGGUGAAUUGAAUGUUAACUCAAUAUUUUCUUGGGAACAGUACAAAGAAAUAAGUGUCCUUCAGUUCGCAAUCUUGAACUCAUGUGACGAGCUCAUCGACUUUUUAUUGGAAAAUUACGUUGAUUUGAACAUCAGCACUAAAUUUUUGGGGACGGCGCUCCACUUAGCGAUCAAGAUAAAGAAGCUUGACAUCGUGAAGAAGUUGGUAUCUUCCGGAGCUGACAUCAAUAUAAUGUCAAGCCUUGACGAAAAUCUGCCACCACUUCACCGAGCCAUUGAAAGUGGUGCCUAUGAAAUCGUCGAAUUUCUAGUGAAUUCAGGAGCUGACAUAAACUUGGUAGCUUAUAACACAUUAACCUUGGGGUUCUACAGCUGGCAGAUUUCUUCUUUAAACCUGGCAAUUUUUUUAACGAAUAUUCCUGUGAUUGAAUUGCUAUUGAAGCACAACGCCAUCAUCGAUCAAGGAUCCAACCAAAUACCCUCUACUCUACACUUGGCUCUAUUAGGGUUCAAAAAUCUUGAGAUUCUCCAAAUUCUGGACAAGUUUGGAGCGAAAUUCGAGAUAAUCAAGGACGGGGAAUUCACUGUGGAGUUCAGGGCAGCUAUCGAGCAAGAUAGCGUAGAAAUUUUCAAGCUUUUUGCUAAAAAAUGUGACAAUUUUUGGGACAUUUAUAAUUUGCGCCAUGAAACUAUAGCUUAUCACGUUAUUGUGUUUGGCAGUAAAAAUAUUUUACGAUAUUUACUGGACUCUGGGGUAAAUGUUGACGUGGUUGACAGGAAUGAUUUCAGUUUGCUUGAUGUCGCCGUAGAAAUGUAUUUUCUCAAGACUCAUAAUUAUGGAAUAGAAGAUGAUAUGUCUUUGGAAAUAAUAAAAAUAAUCGAGAAUCACAUUAUUAUGUUAUCCGCAGCCGGUUUAUAUUUUAACAAAAAGAAUUCAAAAGUUGUGAAUAGUGAAGAUUUGAAACCGUUCCGUGAGAAAUGUGAGAAGGAAAUAAAUGGAUUGAAAUCCAGAAAAAUAAGCGACACAAAUUUUAAUUAUUUCGAUGUAAUAGUUAAAAAUUUACAUAGAUUAGCUGUGGGGUUAAAGCAUUCAGACUUUUGUUUUGUCGAAGACAAAAUAUUAGCUGAAUUUCCUGUGUAUGGCAGCCUUAUGAUUGAAAAAUUGAGAAGAGCAAUUGAAAGAAAAGAGCUGCUGAAAAAUGCAGCAGAGUUGUACGAUAUUUUUUAUAUGGUUUUACCAGAUUUAGUUAUAAGAAAUAUAUGUAAUUAUUUGAAUAACGAAGAUUUAAAACUUCUGAGUCAAUAA